GAAGUGGAAUCUCACUGUGUAUUGCCUGGUUUUACCUGGUUUUACCUGGCAACACUCUUGUAAUUAAUUAUGUAUGUCAGUAGUCUCAUGGGUCCACCUAAUUUGCAUUCUUUGACUACGUGUUAUUGUUGUUGUUACGUUACCUGAGACGGGACGGUUGAUUACGGGCUCAAAUCCAUAUUUUAAGGUGAGAUAUGUUGGCCAACACAUGUCUGGUAUUACUUGCUCUUUUGCCUACAAUGGUGCUGUCACUCAAACCAUGUCCUGGAGACACAAGGGGAGACAGGCGCUGCAAUCAUGAUGAAACUCAUAGAGUUUGUGCCAAGAUUGGAGUUGACGGCUCUUCUUUCUGGGAUUUUACAGGACAAAGAUCUUGGUGUAAAUCAGUCAGUGAUUACGGUGAUAAGAAUGAUGGCAAUCAGAGAUGUCCAGCUGACAAACCAACUUGGUGUAUUUGUAAGUGGGCCACAGCAAGAUGGAUCAAAGGAGAGGGUUGCAAUGAACAUGUUCAGUUUGACUGUGACGCUACAGACGUAUGUAAUCUAAAGGCCUCCUACGUCGAUUAUAAAGUGGAUUUGAAGCCUGCUCAUGAUUGUAUGAUGCAGAAAUGCAAGAAGCAGUGGGAUGCUUGUCCUUAAAGCGAAUCCCAAGAUGCAUUACACACUCGAAAUUUUAUAGAAAUUCGAAAUAUAAUUAAAAAAAUAUCUAAAAAUUAAUAUUUAAUUAUAAAUUACAUGUUUAUCGCAGGAUAUGUGUUAACAAUGCUUAUAGUACAUGUAUUUAUCAUUUUAAUAAAUUAGUAAAGUAUUCCAUAA